UGAGCUGCGGCCCUCGCUUCCGUGUAAAGACUGUUAGCGUCGGACGCUGAACCUCGUGGCCUGCGCUGUGUCUUUUAGCCUCAACGUACAGCCGCCGCUGACGCCCAAUAAGCAGCUCUUCAAGGCACAUAUUGAAGAAGGACAGAAAGAUAUUCUCAGCUGAAAUUUCCUCUGGUGUGGAACACAAGGAAAAAUAUGUCUGCCGCGAUAAGAACGUACGGGUUACAUAGUUCUCAACCAAAUUUGACAGAAGAAAGUAAUGAGGAAGUUCAAGGAACGAUAUUCCGUAUGCAGUCCGUCGAGGAAAAAUCGCCACGAAGUAAAUCCGCUUCCAUUGACGGGAACUUCACGCAACCUGUUCAACCGCAGUCAGAGGAAUCUCCCUCUCCAGUUUCCUUCUUUCAACUGUUCCGCUUCUCGACCGCAUGGGAGCGCUGGCUGCUGGCCCUCGGAGUUUUGGCGGCGGCGGGCGCCGGCGCAGGCGCACCUCUCAGCAACCUGCUGUUUGGAGACCUGACGGGCGUC